UGGCUCAAAAAACAUUAACUUCCUCAGGAACUACGAUCCCAGUGGAGCCAUAUCGCUCACAUUUGAUUUCCUUCGACCUAUAUCACAGACGAGGGUCUGUGCAUAAGUGCACUAUAAUUCGACAUUCGCUAUAAUUCAGUUAUAUUGUGAAACAUUUAAUUAUACAUACGAACGUUAAAAUGGUCACCCUUGCUCGCAACUUACGUCCUUACUUGAGAUACGUUCGUAGCCAGAGGAGAACAUACGCCGAUGCUGCACCCAAGAGCGAUCAAAUGAAGUUUACCUUAGCUGGAGCCAAUCAGGUAUUUUAUGAUCAGGCUGUGAUUAAACAAGUUGAUGUACCAUCUUUCUCCGGUUCUUUUGGUAUAUUACCAAAGCACGUUCCCACUUUAGCUGUGUUAAAACCUGGAAUAGUCACAGUAUAUGAAGAAGGCGGAUCAACUAAAAAAGUAUUUGUUUCUUCUGGAACUGUCACCAUAAAUGAAGACAACAGUGUACAGAUUUUAGCUGAAGAAGCUCAUCCCGUAGAAGAUCUUGAUAGUUCAGCAGCUAAAGAUGUUCUUAGUAAAGCUCAGCAACAACUGUCAUCGGCAUCUUCUGAUAAAGACAAAGCUGAGGCAGCUAUUGCAGUUGAAGUUGCAGAAGCUCUGGUACAAGCUUCGCAAUAAGCAUGGUCAUAAGCAUUAUGCAAAUGUAAAAACAUUCUCUGUUAUUCAAUCUUAGGGCAUGUAUUCGCCAUACUUUUGUCAUGGUACUGUAUAAAAGAUCCAGUAAUAAAAUUUUAUCACUAAGUUAA